GCAAGAUGGGUCACCAGCAGCUGUACUGUAGCCACCUGCGAAAAUUCGGCCAGGGCUCUCACUCUUGUCGAGUAUGUUCAGACCGGCACGGUUUGAUCUGGAAAUACGGUCUCAAUAUGUGCCGCCAGUGUUUCCAUCAGUAUGCGAAGGAUAUAGGUUUCAUUAAGUUGGACUAA